AUGGCAACAACGCAACUUCUAAAUGGCCAGUCGGGAUUGCCUGUCGAUAAUUCAACCAAAUCUUACUGGCACUCAGCACCGUCGGAGAAGCUGAUGGGUCACCGGACGACGGAGCAGCUCCCCCACUCGGCGGAUGUCGUCAUUGUGGGAUCGGGCAUUACGGGAGCAUUUGCGGCGCAUUGUUUGAAGGAACAGAGGCCCGAGUUGGAUGUUGUUAUGCUGGAGGCUAGGGAGGCUUGUUGGGGUGCUACGGGAAGGAACGGCGGCCACUGCCAACCGGCCAUGUACGCAGCGAAACCGCACAUCGCCUCAUUCGAGCUGCGUACCUUCUCGUAUAUCAAGUCAAUAGUAGAAGAGUAUUCAAUCCCUUGCGACUGGAAAACGACAACAGGCGUACACGCCUUCUACUCCGCCUCAUUCUUCAAGCUCGUGCAGGACGUUAUAGAGAAACUUGCAGAUAAUUACCCAGACCUGGCCGCCAAUGUGGCAGUAGUCACCAAAGGCGAAGGUGGCAGCCCAGCCUGGCUCCUCGAGCAUGAGCGCAAGGAACUCACCCUUGAGGGCCUCCGCAUCCCCGAGGCCGAAGGUGCAGUCGUCAUGUUCAACGCCGCCAGCCUCUGGCCCUACAAGCUCGUAGCGUCCAUGCUGGAACGCCUUCUCGCAGCCGAAGCGGGCGGCUUCAACCUGCAGACCAAAACACCCGCCACCGGAAUUCAGAAAGUCGAACCCCAGCACCCGAAAUGGAUCGUCCACACCCCUCGUGGCCACAUCGCCGCCAAGUCGGUUUUGUUAGCUACUAACGCGUACACGUCCCACCUACUCCCCCAAUUCACAGAUCUCAUCGUCCCCACCCGCGGCCAAGUCUCCAGCCUGCUCCCGCCGCAGGAACCGCAACCGGGAGAAGCCCCCCUUGAUAUAGGACACACGUACUACAUUCUGGGCGACGCGACGGACCGGCCCCUGCGCCGGGACGACUAUCUUGUGCAGCGCCCGCCUCCAAAAGCAGAGCUCGUGUUAGGAGGCGGCAGGUUCCUGGCCAAGGACAACGCUGUCGGCGUCUGGGAUGAUGGGGAAUUGGACGAGCCCGUGAAGUGGUGGCUACGGGGCGAGCUGCCCGCGGCUAUGGAUUUGAGUCUGCGUACGCCAGAGGAGACGACUACCUCGCCUGUGCACGCCGCACAGGGGGAAAAUAAUAAGCAGGAUCUGGAGGCGAGUUUCGAGUGGACGGGGAUCAUGGGAUAUUCGCGGGAUGCGGCGCCUUGGGUGGGUGCGGUGCCGUCGAGUUUAGGUGGCGGGGAGGGACUAUGGGUUUGUGCUGGUUACACAGGUCAUGGUAUGCCGAAUGCAGCUUUGUGUGCUAAGGCUGUCGUGGAUAUGAUGGUUGGGGCUGAUGAGGUGGAUUUGCCGCCUGAAUAUGAGGUCACGGAGGAGAGGGUCGAGGGGGCCAGGAGGAGGGAUACGGUCAGGGUUGCGGAUGCGAGGGGGGAGUUGGAGAUGUUUGCGUUUAUGGAUUAA